AACAAAGUCAACACAAGACAUUUCUGGAUUACAAGUUAGAUACGUGUCAGUGUUGUGUACGAAGCAUCGGUGCUGUUUUACAUGUACAUAGUAGUGUGGGUCAUCUUUGUGUUGGGUAUCUCGACUGUAAGAACAGAUGACCAUCCCAGAAUGAACAAAAGGUACCAACAAGUGGGAGACACGCUUGUACAUCUUUUCAGAAGAAAUCACACCAACACAAGCUUAGUGAUAACCAAAUACACUCUGGAUACGAUCAUGAAAACCGGCUUCGAUAUGACGCUCAAGACAGUCUUCAUCAUUCACGGUUUUGCCACGACAAUGUACAAGGCUUGGGUCCCGGUGAUGAAGCAGACGUUUCUACUCAAGGAAGACAUGAACGUGUUUAUCCUGGACUGGGCCGACGCUGUGAUACCCCCACACUACGACCGAGCUGUAGACAAUAUGUUUAUCGUAGGGCAAAUGGUGGCCAAUCUCAUUUUACGCAUGGAAACAUUUGGUCUACGGCUCGAUGACCUUCACCUUAUAGGUCACUCUCUCGGCGCGCAUUUAGCAGGAGACAUUGGCAGACGACUCGGGGGCAGGAUAGCCCGGAUUACAGGACUCGACCCCGCGGCCUACCUGUUUGAAGGGAAACCAAUCGACAAACGCUUGGAUCCAUCGGACGCCGUCUUUGUCGACGUGGUGCACUCGGAUGCCGUGCGGCUGACGUUUCCCUAUAAGGGCCUCGGCAUCUUGAAUCCCCUGGGUCAUGUGGAUUUCUACCCCAACGGUGCCUAUCUACAGCCCGGGUGUGUCGAUAAAUAUUUGGGCCUGUACCCUAUAGACGGACCGGAGUGUAGUCACAGAAGAGCGGCUGAGUACUACGUCGAUUCCAUCAACACGACGUAUCACUGCAUGGCUCAACAGUGCUCGGACUUCAAAUCGUUCCUUGACCACCACUGCUCCCAAUGUUCCAACACAUCCUGUAACGUCAUGGGGUACCUGGCCAGUCCACUCCAAGCUUUGGGCCUGAUGUACCUGCAGACCGGUGAAAAACCGCCGUACUGUGAUAUCUAUUACAAUAAAAAGACAGACUGUGAGAUUUGCCCUACCGUUUUUGAUUUAAAGGAAUUCUCACUAUCAAGGUCUGAAGGUUUUGUCACGACGCCACUGACAAAUUUGAUAUUUUUCGCCUUGAUCUUCUCAUUAACAUCAGGAUUUGCUGACAUGUAAUCUGCUGUUAUCAACUAGAGGAAACCGAUUUGUUCACGAGGAAUCGUUUGGGUUGAACGUUUGAAAUAUCCAUGCUUGCUUGUGUUUAGAUUGAUACUUUAAAUUAAUAUUUUCUUUUAAAUGUUAUUACAUUGAUAAAAGUGUUUUCCGAUUUCUACACAUUAAAUAGAUUUAAUAAACGAUAGCCAAAUUUUAACUUUAAGACACAGGCUGUCACUAAAGCAUAAAGUUAUUUAGGAUUACAUUUUACAGGAGGGAUUAAAAAACAUAAAUUAAAUUAUUGUCUUGUGCACGUAUUAUUCUGAAUUUUGUAUAGGUUUGUAGUAUUGAAAAUAAAUCAUGU